AUGAAGAAAGUCAAAGGAGGAGACUUUAAUUUUGCUUCAAGGGCAUAAAAGAUAGAUAAAUUAGAGUUUCCACAAUCUACAGAAGAGCGUUUCAUUGUCAAAGCAAAUAAAGAUGUAUUUGUGAUUGCUUAUCAAAUUCUAGGGUGUUGGAUUUCAAUGGAAAACUUAUGAUGAAAAACUGCUAGCUAGAACUAUAGACAAAUAAACCUUUGAUAAUACGGUUGCUGAAGCUACUCGUAUAUGUCGUAAUUUGUGGAGAGAAAAACAAAGAGAAGAACACAAAGAUCCUACUAAGGCAUAUUAACCACUUCUUUAUGUCUCAGUUUUCUUAAUUCUUUUAGCUUUUGUGUUUCUUUUAGUUUUAAUAUAUGGAAAUAGAGAUAAAUUAGCUUUGCUUUAUGUUGCAGUUUCUAUUCUAUGUUUUGCAGCAUGUAUUUUAUUAGAAUAUUAUUAAGUGCUUACUUUAAUUGUUGUUGCUAAAACUUGGAGUUUAGAACCAUAAUUUAUGGACUUGGAAAAAGUACAGAUGAAUAAAGUAACUGAAUACUUAAAUAAUCAGAAUUCAUAAAUUUAUCAAACUAAAGGGUAUAAAUGGUAAGUAGAACCUAAUCUUUAUUGGAUUGAAUUAGUUUCUAUUUGA